ACAAAUGUUAAGAUUUCUGAAGUGUUAAUGUAUCGCUACUAAUGAUAGAUAUUUAUGUUGAUUUAAUACUAAUGUCUGUUAUAUUUGUUUUGUUGUGUUGUUAUUGAUAAAGAUUUUACUUUUAAAAAGUAAUUGCUGGCAGUAACUGAGACUUGUGGUUAACUUGUUUCUGUUCUCCACAGAUCUUGGUUUCUUUGCUGAUGGCCGCUGUAGACGCCGAGCUUAAGGGCUACAGUCUACCCACUCCCUCUGGCCCAGGUUUCAUCUCUGGUGGCUCCGGGUUCUCUGUUGGUUCUGGGCUCUCUGGUGGCUCUGGGUUCUCUGGUGGCUCUGAGUUUUUUGGAGGCUCCGGAUUCUCAGGUGGCUCUGGGUUCAUCUCUGGUGCUUCUGGGUUAUCCGGAGGAUCUGGGUUCAUUUCUGGUGGCUCUGGGUUCUCAGGCAGCUGUGGUGGCGGGCAGAUUCGUCAUGUAGAUGGCAGCUGCAUUACUCCCCAAAUCACAAAAAAUCUGUAUGUAUUCACCUCCCCUCCUGUUCAUAGAACAAUUGGUCCACGACCGCAUAUUCCCCCACCAAGAGUGGAACACAACAUUAUAUUCAUCCGUACUCCUGAGGGAGGAAUUGGGGCGGAACCCAUCGUUGUUCCUCCACCACAGCAGAAGAACAUCGUCUACGUGCUCAACAAGCGCACUCAUCAAGGUCAACAAGUAGUCCACGUCCCAGCUCCUGAGCAACAAACUCCUCAAGUAUACUUCGUCAACUAUGCUGAUGGCGAUAAUCCCACGUUGCCCACAGGAGAGGACCUCCAGUCUGCCCUCAGCUCUGCCUCUCAUGGUGGAGGUGAGGUUAUCGGUGCCGGUGGAGGCAUUGGAGGAGGGGCUGGGAUUGGCAUCGGAGGUGGCUCUGGUAUCGGGAUUGGUGGUGGCACUGUAGGCGGUUUUCAUGAUGACAGUUCCUUUGUGAGUGGCGGUGGCCUUAUUGGAGGCGGAAGUACCUUUGUGAGCGGAGGUGGCAGUGUAGGUGUUCCCACGCCGUCUGGUCUGUAUGGGACGCCCUAAGUAACAUUAAUUUGCAAGUUGAUGAGAUACUUCAUUUGCAACACUCUUCCUUCCAGCAACAAUUUCUUUUUUUUUUUUUUGUUUUU